CUAAACAGGGAGGGUGGCAUGACUGCAAAGACAGGAUACAGUAGUGCUCCAUUUAACUUGAAAACAUGAAACAAAUCAACGUAUGAUACCGUGUUGAUGUAUUAGCAGUACCCGGAAAGGCGACAGCGCGAAUGGCGGGGCCCGGCUCCUCACCCCUGGGCUCUCCAAGACGACGUGACAUGCAGGGGGUCGCGUACUCGACGCUUGGGCCGUCCUUCUACGCACAUCGACACAAUGCAGCAGCCUUCUCGUUUCCCAAGAAUCCCUUGAAAGAGCGCUUCGGCGUGGAUCUAGGCGCGCAGGACUCGGGGCCUGGGCCGUGCGACUAUGACUGGGGCGACGGCAUCCCGCACGUCACCUCCGGCCGCACCCUCACACCCUCGCUCCACGCCAACACCAACUGGGCCAACGACUCCAUGUCGCGGAGCCUGCUGGGCCUGCCGUCACAGCCGCACACACUGCCGCCUGGCCCGGGUCUGUACCUGCGCUCGCGCAGCUCCUACCACCUGACCGGCAGCCCGCAGCUCAACACGUCCUGGCGCAACAGCACCACGGCGGGCUGGCAGAACUACUGCCGCAGGGAGUGCCGCACGCCGGCGGUGGUGUCCCGCGAGCACGAGCGGGAGCGGUUCGGCACCCACUCGCCCGGGCCCAUGACCGCCGCCCCAGUGGACAGCGUGGGACGGCAGCUGUCCUCCACGCGCAAGACGCAGCCAAGGUGCACUUUCUCACGGGCGGGUCGCUUCAGCAAUGUGACGCAGCGGGUGACGGAGGCGGUGCCAGGGCCGGGCGCAUACAACUACUGAUGGUGAGGUAAGCAGCAGCAGCAGCAGCAGCAGCAGCAGCAGAAGCUGCUGCUUGCGCUCGUGGCGGUGAAGGAGCCGGCGGGUCAUUAGGCAGGCAGACAGAUAGAACCACAGAAGAGGGUAGGCAGCCACACAAUGGGCCGCCUUGGAGUCAGGGCCAGGUUAGCACAAAGGCUCGUAGACACAAUGAUCACCUGCGAGGACAGACAAGAAGUGAGUGAACACGGCGUAUAAUGCGGGGGCACAGGAAGCGUCCAUAGAGACCACCAUGCACUGGCUGGGUACUGACGGUUGUUGCUUGGCGGUUGUCGUGCGGCGCAAGAUUAAUUUAUGGGGGCUAGGCAGUGCAGCAUGGAAAGACUGAAACUGGAACUGGUGAUUCAUGCGAGCAUGACAAGGAGGCCGUGUCGGGCAGGAGCUGUCAGGUAUCGUUCACUGAGAUUCAUAUGCUGCUGAGUGCAAUACUGAACGCACUUUUCGGUGCCUCAGGAUAUGAGAAAAGUGUGGCUUUGAUGAGGUGCUGUAGAGCCGUUGAUAUGCUGCAAAUGUAGCAGUAAAUUGAAGUUUAGUGUAGCGGUGUGGGCGUGCUGUACAGGUAGGCGGGCGCUGCACUGAGAUGCGUGCGUGCACAGGCGUGUUCAGAUGCUGGUUGGUACGUGAUUUGUAGGAUCAGAUAGGAGAGGACUGGAUACAGGGGCAAUGGGGCAUACAUGGGCCGUGUGGGCGUGAGAACGAGGUGGAUGGAUUGGUUGGCAGCGGAACGCCUAGGAAGCGGGAAGCGGAAUGCUUUGGACCUGCCGCACGCGGUGGCUGAUGACACUUGCGACUGCCACGGUGCCACGCAUGCAUGAUGCUUUCAAUCUUUGUAAUCUGGCCCGCCC